CUAAAGUAAAGAGGGGGGAGGCCAAAUGUUCGGUCUCACUCCAGCUUUAUUUCUGCUUUCGUUUUUUUUUUCGUUCAUUAAUUUGUCUUUCGGGGGUUACCAAAAACGCAACUUCAUAUUUAUGACAGGUCAUCAGCUCCAACCUGAAGAAUUAAGGUGAAGAGCAUUUAUUGAAUGUUGACGUUCUUUAUGGUUUUUUCCCCUCCCCUUUGUGUGCCCUUUUACUGGUGUCCAUGUUUGUUUUUGUUGCUGAUUUCUUGUCUUGUUCUGGCUUUAUGCAUCCUGCACUGCCUGAGCGUCAGCUUCGUCCCUGUCUUCUACUUUCAGCUCCUUCCUCUCCUCUUCCUCUGAUACUUCCUCCUCUCUCCUGCUGCUGUCUCCCCCCCCUGAAUGAUUUGCACCAGCAUGGCCUCCCAGCAUCCUCUCUGCCUGUCUCUCUCCCUCAGCUCCGUUCCUUCUUCCUACUCUUUCCCCUCUUCACUUGUGCUUUCCUCUAUAAGCUUGUUUUCCAGCUCUCACAUGAGUGUAAAACUUUCAUCCAUCUACUCAUCUCUUGAUGUCAUGACAACAAUACAUGACACAUGUAUUUAUGGUUGAGCUGAGGGGCCUAUGUCAUAAUAUGUAAGGCACAGAACAUAGGCACUGUAACAAAGAGUGUAGCACAUCCAUUUAGUCUCAGAACUCUUCCUCUGUCUUCUCACUCUCGCUCUCUCUGGUUCAGACCACGGGGAGAUGAUGGAGAUGCAGGGCUUCGGAGGCAGCCCGUCGUCGUGGCAACAGGGCGAAGCAAGCGCUCACGAACCGCUGUGCCUGUCCUGCUCCACGGCGGGCACCAACGUGUCCUUCGAAUUCCCCGCCGGCUGCACCUGCAUCCACCCGGCGGACAUCCACACUAUUCCUCUUAAGAUGCUCUGCCAGAACAUGAAGAGGCAGAUCGUCUCCAGAGCCUUUUAUGGAUGGCUGGCCUACUGCCGACACCUGUCCACCGUGCGGACUCACCUGUCAGCUCUCGUCAACCACAACAUGGUCCUCCCCGACAGACCCUGCGAGGCGUCCGGGGGCCUCAGCAAGGAGGUGUGGAGCAAGUACCAGAAGGACUGCAAGAACUAUAAGGAGCUGGAGCUGCUGAGGCUGGUUUAUUAUGGCGGAGUGCAGCAUGACAUCAGAAAGGAGGUGUGGCCUUUCCUGCUUGGACACUACAAGUUUGGCAUGGGCAAAAAGGACAUGAGUCAGAUUGAUGCAAAGAUCAGCGAGCGCUACCAGCAGGUGAUGCGGGAGUGGAAGGCGUGUGAGGUGAUCGUGAAGCAGAGGGAGAAGGAGAUGCAGUCGGCCAUCUUUGCCAAGCUCUCCUCGGGCAGCAGCAUCGACAGCCACGUCCUGCGACUCGUUCACAGAGACUCCACGCUCAGCAACGAGGUGUUUAUGUCGGUGGACGAGCCGGAUGCGGGGAGCCAGGAGAUCCCCAGUGGAGAGGACGGUACCCCCACUAUGACCACCCUGGUUCCCCCUGCAGUCCUCCCCCCAGAGGAGCGACCACUGGUGGAGUUUGACUCCCCCGACUCGGGUCUCCCCUCCUCCAGAAACUACUCAGUGACCUCUGUUCAUUCCCAGAUCCUGUCCAGCAUCGACGACGGGCAGAGCACGGAGGAGGAAGGGGGGUGCGGGGAGGAGGGCAGGACUCCGGGGGGGCGUCAGGACUCUCUGACUGAGGACAGGCUGUGCAGUCAGCUGGACAAACUGGUGACCAACGGAGGAGCUGCAGAGGGGUUUUCACCCUCACUCUCCUCAUACACAAUCGAGCUGUUGGACACCGUGGCCCUUAACCUCCACAGGAUAGACAAAGAUGUGCAGCGCUGCGACCGCAACUAUUAUUACUUCACCCCAGCUAACCUGGAGAAACUACGCAACAUCAUGUGCAGCUUUGUGUGGGAGCAUUUAGAGAUGGGCUACGUUCAGGGCAUGUGUGACCUGCUGGCUCCUCUCAUGGUCAUCCUGGAUGAUGAGUGUCUGGCCUACAGCUGUUUCACUCAGCUAAUGAAGAGGAUGAGUCACAACUUCCCUAAUGGUGGAGCCAUGGACACACACUUUGCCAACAUGAGGUCCCUGAUACAGAUCCUGGACUCUGAGCUGUUUGAACUGAUGCAGCAGAACGGAGAUUACACUCACUUCUACUUCUGUUACCGCUGGUUCCUGCUGGACUUCAAGAGAGAGCUCCUGUACGAGGAUGUGUUUGCGGUGUGGGAGGUGAUCUGGGUGGCUUCCAGGAUUUCCUCGCAGCACUUCGUCCUCUUUCUGGCCUUGGCCCUGGUCACAGUGUACCGUGAGAUCAUCAGGGACAACAACAUGGACUUCACUGACAUCAUUAAGUUCUUCAAUGAUAAGGUAAUCAGACCGCUACUUAGAAAGCGAGACAGAAGAGUGAGAGCCGAGAGAGACCAAGUCCUGCGCAAGUCGCCCCCUACACUACUACCUCCCUACGCUCGAGCUCCGCGAUCCGGCGCAGCAGCCACCGUUCGCUCCCGCUUCGUUCGCCGAGUGCUUGGCGACACGGACAGGACGAAGUGA